CCUUAGCUCUGAAGGCAGGCAGGCUAGUUUGGCAGCUGGCAGAUCCAGAGAACUAGGUUACUGCUUGUAUCAUCAGCAUGGACUACUCCCGAUUUCUCUCAGUAGUAAGUGCAACAAGAGAGGAAAAUAUUUUAAGAAUUUCAAGUUCUUUGGCACAGAAGAAACCCCCAAUAAUCAUGAUUUCCGGAGGCAUGCCAAAUCCCAACUAUUUCCCAUUUAAAACAGCAAGUUUCACUAUUGAAGAUGGAACUACUAUUGAAAUUGGGGAGGCACUGAUGAAAACAGCCCUCCAGUAUUCAAACACACAAGGAAUUCCAGAGUUUUUGUCCUGGCUAAAGGAUUUACAGAUGAGUCUUCACAAUCCUCCCACUGCAAAGAACAGUCCUGAUCAGGGCCAAAUGGAGAUGUGUGUCACCACUGGCAGCCAGGAUGGCUUGGCUAAAGUUUUCGAUAUGCUUAUCAAUCGUGGAGAUAAUGUCCUUGUGGAAGACCCCUGCUACUCUGGGACUGUCUCAGCACUGAAACCAUUGGGCUGUAACAUUAUCAAAGUCUCUACUGACAAGCAUGGUAUUAUUCCAGAAGCUCUGAAAGAAAUUCUUUCCAGGUGGAGACCAGAAGAUGCAAAAAAACUGAAGAACAAUCUCCCCAAGUUCCUCUACACUGUUCCAAAUGGUAACAAUCCAGCUGGAACCUCAAUGACCACUGACCGCAAAAAGAAGAUAUACCAGCUUGCAAGAUGUUAUGAUUUCCUUAUAAUAGAAGAUGAUCCAUAUUAUUUUCUUCAGUUUGAAAAGCCAAAGGCACCAACAUUUCUGUCAAUGGAUGUUGAUGGUCGAGUGAUCAGAUGCGACACUUUUUCUAAAAUUAUCUCUCCUGGGUUGAGAUUAGGCUUUUUAACAGGCCCCAAACCAUUUAUCGAUAGAGUUAGUCUACAUACGCAGAUUACAACGAUGCACCCCAACACUUUUGCACAGAUACUAGUAUUACAACUUUUUCUGAAGUGGGGACAAAAGGGUUUUCUGGAGCACACAGACAGGGUAACAGAGUUCUACAGGAGCCAGAGAGAUGCAAUGCUUGCAGCAGCAGACAAAUGGUUAAAAGGCUUGGCAGAGUGGCACGUCCCUACUGCUGGAAUAUUUUUGUGGAUUAAAAUUAAGGGAAUUUCUGAUACAUACAAGAUGGUGAUGGAAAAUGCUUUGAAGAGACGGGUGGCUUUGGUUCCUGGAAAAUCAUUUAGCUUUGAUAGCUCAGCUCCUUCUCCUUAUAUCAGGGCUUCCUAUUCUUUUGCUUCUCCAGACCAGAUGGACCAGGCUUUACAGACACUAGCUGAGCUUAUCAAAGAAACUGUCUGAAAGGAUCAGGACAAACUGGCAUUUUUAGAAUUGUGUCCAAUUUCACUGACAAGUCUAAAGGAGCGAUUUUAUUCCUACUUCCUGAAAUUGCACAUAUCUUUUAAUUGUAUUCUUACUUCCAACAGGCACCAUAUCUGACAAUAAGUAGUACAUUGACAUAUUUUCAAAGCACUGCACCAAUAUUAACCACUUGAUUUUUAUUUCUACGAGUUAGGUUAAGUGACUUAUCCCCAUUUUACUGAGGCAUGAAAAUGAGGCCCAGAGUUUAGGAGACUUGCUCACAAACACACGUCAGAUCAUUUCGAAUUCUAAAGCUCAGGACAGCCAUAUUUGAUCCCCAGGAUCUGACCAAUAGACCAUUGCUUCCUUUCUUAUAGACACUGCAUGUAUAUGAUGAAUUUGAUUUUAUUUUUAAUAGGUGGUUUCUGCUGUCACCACAGGACCUAAGUACCCACUGAAUGAAAGCAAGUAUUUCCCAGCUGUAACACUUCUGUCAGGUGGUGUCAGCAGCAACAAGAGCUGAGUUCAGUAUCUAGAGGUUCCUCUUAAAAUUGUAACAAUGAACCAGCUCAAACUCACAUCCAGAGAUCUGGGGAAACUAAAUACCUCUCGUGGGCACCUCUAAUCAUCAUUCUUCCUCACUCACAGGCACUGAGUCUGUAUAAAUAAAAAAAUAUUAGAGAGAAAAUAUACCAUUAAUUUGGGAAAGUAUGGCAAUGAGAAUUCAGAGUACACAAACAUCCAUCCCUCAGUAUCUUGGGCAGCAUCCUUUGCCUUGGUUUCCCACCUUUCAGCAUGAAAAUCCAAUAGAAAAAUAUCCCUUCAAUACACCACUCCCUUUUUCCCUAUUCUACACCCCACUCAUGGUUUGUUGUCCAAGGUCAGCAAAGAUCCCAAGUCUAGAGGUUCCCCUAAAGAGGUGUGAUACCUUCACUGAGACUUGCUGAUCUUUCUGUUAUCCCUGCCACUGCUACACUACUAUGUCUUCAGUCCUGUCUAGUUCUACAGCACCACAACUAACCCAGCUACUAGUAAUCCAAGGGCACCUUUGGUGCUACUGAUGCAUCUCUCACUAUGCUGUCUUUAGGCACAAUACCACUUUUUAUUUCUAUCUCCUAGCCCUUAGCUAUUACUUCACUGUAAUGAUCUCACUAGACAGCUGGGAAAUUCACUACAGCUUCCUUCUCUGUGUUGUCUUUUAUCACAGCUCUAAUUCCACACCAGGUCUAAGACUCUGUCCCUUUGACCAGCUGAGCAGUAACUUCAGCUGUAGUGAUCACUGAAAAGAAACAAAGUCUUGUAACUGAGUCCAAACAGCUCCAUCUUUAACACCGAAGGAAGAAAAUCCUUUAGAACUCUUAAACACUCUCCUUAUCAUCCAGUAAAAACAUCCAUUCCCCUCUGAUAUUGACUUGGAUUUGAGUCACUAUCCCCACACCGAGCCCCUGAAUAAGGACAUAUUAAGUAUAAUUCUGUUGUUCUUUAGUCAAACAGUUAGGAUAACAAUAUUUCAUUACCCAUGAAUCCAAGAAUUCAGUGAAUUGUAACUAAAAUAGCAAAGUUAAUAUGUUUAGGCAAGUAACACCUGUUCUUUAGGUUUUUUUCCUGUAGUUUGUCAAUCGACAGCAGAAGACUUGCUCAGAACCCUGUUUUACACACCAUCUCAAUGCCACUACUGCAGCAGCCAGCAGGAUUGUUAAAGAGCUAAAUCAGGUGGACCUCUCACUUCCCAGAAGCUAAAUACACUUUCUACAGUGGUCUUUGACCCUGCUGACAUGAGGCGCACAAGUGCAGACAUGGAGUAUGUCUAUGCUGUAGAAGAUGGUCUGAUUAUAGCCUGGAGAAGCACACACACACACUACCUUUAAUUUAGCUAGCAUGGCUAAAAUAGCUGUGAAAACAUGGUAGCACAGGCUGUGCAAGCCUGCCUAGAACCCUUGGUGUACUGGCAUUUCUGGGAUGGGAUAGGGUUUAUGUCACCACAUCUUUGCUGCUACUUUUAGCCAUGCUAUCUAGAUUCAAACUAGUUCACAUAUACCUAGCCAAGCUGCGUACCCAAUGAAAAGGUGAUUCCCCACUCCAUUGACAUAAGGCACGAGAAUUUGAAACUUUUAGGAUAACAUUUAAGGACAGGUAUAGGCACACAGAAUCAUAGGAUUGGAAGAGACCUCAGGAGAUAUCUAGUCCAACCCUCUGCUAAAAGCAGAACCAAUCCCAA